AUGACCGUUUCGUCUGCUCUCGCGCCCGUCAUUGCGCUUUCCCACGGCGGAGGCCCGCUGCCCAUCCUCGGCGACCCCGGCCACAAGUCCAUCAUCUACUCGCUCAAGAAGCGCGUGCCCCAGAUCCUCGGCCUCGGCACGCCGCGCCAACCGCGGGCCAUCGUCCUCAUCACGGCCCACUGGACGACCGACGUGCCGUCCAUCUCGUCGUCGGAAAGCCACAAGCUGCUCUUCGACUACUACAACUUCCCGCCGGAAGCCUACAAGCUGGAGUAUGCGGCCCCAGGCGCGCCCGACAUCGCCGAGCGCAUCCGCAAGGCCUUUACCGACCAGCGGCUCUCGCCGAAGCUCGACGCCGACCGCGGCUGGGACCACGGCGUCUUCGUCCCGCUGACGCUCGUCCUCCCCAAGGCCGACGUGCCCGUCGUCCAGGUCUCGGUCCUGCGCUCCGAGGACCCCGACGCCCACCUGCGCAUGGGCGCCGCCCUCGCCGCCCUGCGCGCCGACGGCAUCGCCAUCAUCGGCUCCGGCUUCGCCUCGCUGCACAACCUCGACACCAUGCUCUCCCUCCGCUCCGUCCGGCCGGACCAGUGCGCCGCCUUCCGCCGCGACUCGGACGAGUGGAACGACGCCCUGACGCACGUCGUCACCGCCGCCGACAAGGACGCGAGGUGGACCGGCUUGAAGGCCUGGCGCGCGCUGCCGCAUGCGAACCAGAUGCACCCCCCCAACGGCGGGGAGCACUUUAUGCCGCUCAUCGUCUGCGCCGGUGCCGCCGGCGAGGAGGAGGCGGCCAAGUAUUACAAGGACGACUUUGUCGGCGUCGACAUCUUUACCUACUACUGGGGGGCCGAGCAGGUCGAGUAG